AUGGCGCUGCCGUCGUCAACUGCCGCAUUGAGGAUAUUCGUUGAUGCCAACCCAGAAGCCUGGUUCUCGCGGCUUCGAGACCAAGCACUCUGUUCCGAUCUCAACCAAGCAAAAGCGUCGAUACGCAACCGAGAGAUUCUCCUCGUCGAUCUCCUGCAAGAACAGGGCGACCUUCCAGAGGGCCAUUAUAUCAUCUCUGCGCGAACACACCCUCCUUUCCCCCGGGUUUUGGCAAGGGUCAUGUUCAAAGACAAGUUCGCGUCAUGGUGUCUGCCCGAUUGCGGCAAUGUUGCACUGAGCAAAGAGGAGAAGGAGGAAGCCGACUUGACAAAGCGAUUCCGUGCCCAAAUAGAGGACAUGUCGGAAUAUGAAAUGGUAAGCCGGAUUCACGAAGAGGGUUGGAUAGAGGAGGCAGGCCGUGCUCCGGUGAUAGUGCCUGGGUCACAAUGGCAAGUCGGUUUGCGCGACGAAGUCGAUGAAGCGCUGGUUUCGGUUGUAGACGUGGAGAUAAAGUUUCGUCAGCAUUACCAGGAGGUCCUUACAAGGGCCAAGUUGAGUCCGUGGAUGGUGCCAUUAUGGAAGGAGUUGGAGAAAACGCAGGAAGGAAUUCAGAAGGUCAAGCUUCUCCAAGGCCUUCUAGAAAGCCUGAACCGUUACCUCAAAAACAGGAGCACAAUUCAAACUCCCCUGAAAGCAUUGAUGAUCGACCUGAUCAAGGCGUACCUCUCAGCCAACGUGUACCUGUUCUGGGCUACAGCCGACCUCUUUCAACUGGCCUCAUCGUGCCUAGAGAUCCCCGGGCCAAAUAAGGAGAAGAUGAGAUCAGCUGGGGGUAGAGUUCUGAGGCAGUAUGUGGCAGCCGUGCUGUGCGCGGAAAAGGGAAGCCAGGUUUUCGACGCCCGAGAGGGUGGAAAAGGGGUCAUAAAGACAAUCAAGGCUGGAUCGAGAUCGAGCUGGGAGAGGACUGGCUCCGGUAGUUGA